CUUUUUGGAAGAAUGAGCUUAUCUUUGUGACAGCUCAAUCCUUUGGCUGUCGUGAGUGGUCCCGGGAGAUGCUGCGAUGACCGUUAUUGAGCUCCUUCCUUUUGUCCUCUGAGAUGACCCAGAUGCCAACAUCUGUCUUCUGUUCUCUUAAACUAAUUAUAUCUAUUCCUGCAUGGGGCUUUCUCAUGUCCUAUCCUUUAUGUAACAUCCUCACCUUAUCUACUGCUUCUUAUUUCAUAAAUAUUUCCAGCUUUAAUUUGCCUCGAAUCAUCUUCCCUUAACUCUCAUGAGAAAUUAUUUGGGGGGGGGGUUUGGCUGUAUGACAAUUCAAAAUGUUGAGUUAAUGUUAUUUUCAACUAACUGUUGGAUUGUUUGUGAAAGCGUUAUAUUGGAUAAAUUAGUAAUCUGUUAAUAAUAAUUUGCGAAGUAACAAGAUAAUACAACGGUCCAAUCUGUGAAGUAAAGGUUAUAACAUUUAUUAUUAUAGGCCUACCAAGGAUGUAGUAUACUGCUUUCUCUCAGUUACGUCUUUCAAAUUCGGUGAGAUAUUGGAAACCUAAUUGUGUAUUUUGCUACCAUUUGUGGUCUGUUAAAUUAGCUCUGAUGGGACGGAAGAUCAUUUCUUACACUAGAAAAAAUAAAUAGGCAGUUUUCAUUCACAUAUUUUGUAUUUCACUCGUGUCUUUUCAUAUAUUUAUAUCUCCGUGUCAUUUCUCACCGUUGUUACAAAACGUUUGUUCUUCCACGAGGUUUAAAUAAAGUUUCAACAUCAUACACUCCUUCACGCGCUCGUCGUAUUGGUGAGGGAGCGAGGAUGACGCGCGACCUAUACCUGCGAGGGAUGCGUGCGUCUCGCGGCCGGGCACGCGGCCUAGGGGGACGUAUGAUGGUGAUGCGGAUGCCAUGGCAACAGGCCGAUUACACCCAGACCUUUUUAAAUGCAUUUCAUUAUUUAAUAUGGCAUUUGCAUGCGAUGCGCGCCUCUGUGGACGUGCCGGCUCCACACUCAUGAGCCGAGUGAGAAGUGAAUUUCACCACGAGAAGUCCAUCGACGGAGCAGCCACCUUCACCGCUCAACAAGUUGUUUCAUCUUUUGUUAAAGGAGGCUUUUUUUAAAUUCAUCGUUUCGCCUCGGAGCGGCAUACUCUUUUGACAUAAUCUCUCCUCCGUGGCAUCAAGGCGGAAAGGACGACGCCGCGUCCCUGGGCACGCUGUCAUUGAAAGUCGGCUGAAGUGGGAAUAGACUGCACCGGCCGAGGGAACAAAAGACGCCGAACACCUGACCACGUUCAUCCAUUCAUCACUUUUAGAGAACAGCCCUGUGGUAGAGCCGGCUGUCUCCCUGGCUGUCGGAGCGCUUCUGUCACGGGGAACAUUUCGGCGCGCCUUCCAUCACGGUGAGUGUUUUCCCGCCCCGAUGCUGAAAAAAUGACAACGUGCCGCGGAUCCAGUGAAACCGUGCGCUAGAUUUGGGGUUAUUCGACUUGUUUGAAGUGUCGGCCCGGUCUCCUUUGUGCGCCUUGGAGCUGGAGCCUCUACAUGUCUGCCUGCCAUGCGCGUCCUUUCUGUCCAUUGACAACCCGUCGCUCCUGACAGAGGAUCCAGUGUCCUUAUCAUUCAUCCGCGGAUGUUCCCGACUCUGCCUCCUUACCGCUCAUCUCCAACACAAUGCAAUAGCUACAGCAUUGUCGAUUUGGCUGAGCAGCCUUGGCUCAUACACAAACUACACAAGACAGGACACCGACGUCCAAAAAACACCGGGAAUCCGGUGCCAAAAUGACCGGCGUCGGAACGCUGAAGGCGGCCGAGGCGAAGAGAGGGAGCGCCACGUGGGGGGAGAGACGUUUCAAGGACGAGGCAGGAGGAGAGACACGGGAACAUCUGUAAGGACAAAGGGGGGGGAGGGGGUGGGGGCCGUUUAAGGGGAAGUGAAGCUGCUGGCGUCACUCUGACAGGGUGAAUGAUUUAACGUCUGGAUGGAGCCGUUUCCAAGGGCACCGAGGUAAGCAUGGCCACAUCAGCCGAGAGAGGGCGGAGGUGUGAGUUGCCGGCUCCACGACUAUGACUGGAGAUACAGAGACCUCUUUUCUUUAGGUUCUUCAAUUUAACAAUCAGAUUAACAAUUGAACGCUAUACGGCCUGUGUAAUCUAAGAAUAUUGACUGCGUGAAUUAGUAGUCCUCCCGAAGGGUCACCAGUUCGCCCUCUUCCCUCACUUGGAAUGGAUGGGGUGGCGGGAGGUGCGUGCACCCCCAGUAGCACCGCUGGAUCUGGGGGGGACAGCCUGCCCAGACGUAGCGGAGGGGACUCAAAGCGGCGCAGUAAGGGCAGCCUGCCGUCUCCAGGUUACAGGCUGUCCCAGGCAUCUCUGGAAGGGGAGAGGGGCUCCUUCGGGGCGGACAGCAUUUCCUCGGCUGGACGCGCCCGUCGCCCCUCCAUCAUGAGUUCCUCCACCAGGGAUGGCCUUCCCUUCCGGACGGCGGGCACCCCGGUGCCCCUGCCGCCACCGCCGCCCUCGUCCACUGGCACAUCCCACCCGCACCAUCGUUCAGUGGGCUUCGCCAACACCCGCGCCGCCCUGACCUCCUCAUCUUCUGCCGGGACGGGAGUGGUGGUGGUGGCCACGGGCCUGGAGACCACCGCUACAGCUCCAGGGACCCCUGAUUUAAUGGGACAGUGUGUACUGGGUGGUUUUGGGCUGGACGGAGAGGACUACAGCACCUCCAACCAGAGCACCUUCAUCCAGAGACAAUUUGGACCCAUGCUUCAGCCGGGGGUCAACAAGUUCAGCCUGCGCAUGUUUGGUUCCCACAAAGCUGUGGCGCUGGAGCAAGAAAGACUGAAAUCAGCGGGGUCGUGGAUCAUACACCCAUACAGUGACUUCAGAUUCUACUGGGACCUGUUGAUGCUGAUGCUGAUGAUGGGGAACUUAAUCAUCCUGCCAGUGGGCAUCACUUUCUUUAGAGAGGAAAACACUCCCUCCUGGAUCAUCUUCAACGUGGUCUCUGACACUCUCUUCAUGGUCGACCUGGUUCUCAACUUCAGGACCGGCAUCAUCAAGGAAGACAACACCGAGAUACUGCUGGACCCCAGAGCGAUCCGACAGAAGUAUCUGAAGAAUUGGUUCCUGGUGGACUUUGUGUCAUCCAUCCCCGUGGACUACAUCUUCCUGAUGGUGGACAGUCUGGACACGGAGGUUUACCGCACGGCCAGGGCGCUGCGCAUCGUCCGCUUCACCAAAAUCCUGAGCCUGCUUCGCCUGCUCCGCCUGUCCAGACUCAUCCGCUACAUCCAUCAGUGGGAGGAGAUCUUCCAUAUGACCUAUGACCUUGCCAGUGCAAUGGUGAGAAUAGUUAAUCUGAUCGGUAUGAUGCUGCUGCUGUGCCAUUGGGACGGCUGUCUCCAGUUUUUGGUCCCUAUGCUGCAGGACUUCCCUCCUGACUGCUGGGUUUCCAAGAACUUGAUGGUGAACGAUACAUGGGGCCUGCAGUACUCUUACGCUCUGUUCAAAGCCAUGAGCCACAUGUUGUGUAUCGGGUACGGUGCCCAGGCUCCAGAAGGGAUGACCGACGUGUGGCUCACCAUGCUCAGCAUGAUCGUCGGUGCCACCUGCUACGCCAUGUUCAUCGGCCACGCCACCGCUCUCAUCCAGUCGCUGGACUCCUCGCGACGACAGUACCAGGAAAAGUACAAGCAAGUGGAGCAGUACAUGUCAUUCCAUAAGCUUCCUGCGGACGUUCGGCAAAAGAUCCACGAGUACUAUGAGCACCGCUUCCAGGGGAAAAUGUUUGACGAGGAGAACAUCCUGGCAGAACUCAGCGACCCGCUCAAAGAGGAGAUAGUCAGCUUCAACUGCCGCAGCCUCGUGGCCAACAUGCCGCUGUUCGCCAACGCCGAUCCAAACUUUGUGACAGCGGUGCUGAUCAAGCUCCGGUUUGAAGUGUUCCAGCCUUCAGACUUCAUCAUCCGCGAGGGCACAGUUGGACGGAAGAUGUACUUCAUCCAGCAUGGGCGAGUCGGUGUGCUGACGCGUGGCAACAAGGAAACCAAGCUGAGCGACGGGUCGUACUUCGGAGAGAUUUGUUUGUUGACUCGUGGACGGAGGACAGCGAGCGUCCGUGCAGAUACGUACUGUCGCCUGUACUCUCUCAGCGUGGACAGCUUUAACGAGGUGCUGGAGGAGCAUCCGAUGAUGAGGCGCGCCUUUGAAACUGUCGCCGUGGACCGAUUGGAUCGAAUAGGCAGGAAGAACUCCAUGCUACUGCGAAAGUCAUCGCAGGCCGGUUCUCUGGGGGGCAGUAUGGGUCGCGGUGGAGGCCGUGGUUCCGGGGGUCCAGGUGCCGGGACUCUGGGUUCCUGUGACAGCAUGCUGGUGCAGCAGAUUGUCAAACACGACAGCAUGACGGCCAUGCAGGAUGCCAUCGCGGCUGCUGCGGCUGCAGGAAGGAGUGGCACCGUGUCCCCUCGGCCACGGCCGGUCAUCUGGGCGCCGCUUGUCCACGCCCCCUUGCAGACUGCUGCUGCCACCAGCAAUGUAGCAAUCGCCCUCAUGCACCAGCAGCAGCAACAGCAGCUGCAGCAGCUUCAGCAGCAACAUGCAACAUGCGCAGGCACUUUCUUCCUGCCCUCCCCUCUUGUCUCUCCCUCCCCUUCCUCCUCUUUCCCCCUGUCACCCCCUCGUCCUCCCGCGUUACAGACCCUACGCCCCUCCGUGAGCUCUCUCUUUGGGAUGAUGACAAUGGGAGGGGUGGCUGGUUUGUCCCCAAGAGGAUUUCCUUCCUCUCCAUCGUCCAUGGGACCUGCCGGUGGGUUGACAUCACCCCCUAUUGUUAAAACGCCUUCCACACCCUCCUCCUCUGUCCCGGCAUCUGUCCAACAAGAAAGGACUCUUCUUUACAACCUCCGCCUCCAGUCUGAUCAUCCCACAAUGGUUGCUGGAUCACCAGGUGGAGGGUCGCAAACUCCACCCAUCCGCAAGGUAUCUUCCGCCAACCCCCCUACUGCCCGCGGUGCCCCGUCAGAUUGCAACACUUUUUUGAUGGGCCGGCAGGGGGCAAAAGAAGCUCUGUUACGUUACGGUGGAAACAGCUGUCAGGGUCUUCCUGCACUGGGACGACUCACCCAGGAGGCCAGGCUGCUGUCGGCCUCGCAGCCCACUCUUCCUCACCGCUCCUGGGCCGGAGUGCUGCCUCACCCGCCUCUCCACAGGAAGGCCUCCGGUGGCAAUUUGCUGGCGGCUCCUUUCCUGGCAGGGCAGUUGGCCAGGGGAGGCAGCGCAGGUAUGCUGACCUAUAACGCUCCAGUACAGCUGAUGACAAAUAUACCGUUUAAUUCACAAGCACAGGGCGCAGUCCCUAUUCAGGCUGCACUGGCGCACAAUCUGUCCACACAACCUGCCCUUCACACGGCCACUGUGCCCACACCUACGGCUGCAUACAUGCCUUCUGCAGCUUCUUUGACAUCUUCGUCCCCUCCAAAGCAGACCCCGCACUCCUCUCCCACCCCUUCAACUGUGCUCACACAGGCACCUCGACCUAAACUGAUACCAAUGACCCCCUUGCGCUCCUCCUCUCCUCCUCCCUGCUCCGCCCCACCUUUAGCAGGAACAAACCCGCUGUCGCUCUCUUCAACUCCCCGUCCCAAACCAAUCCCUGCACCCUCUUCCCGCUCUGCGUCUCCCUCUCCCUCCUCCACACCACCUCCACCUUCUGUUUCUACCCCUAUUUUAACACCUCCAGCUUGUGGGCCCAAGGCAUCUUUCAGCUCCUCUUCUCCCCCUUCGUCCUUGAUCACAUCUAUCCCACCAUGUCCCCAGAGCCCCCGAGCCAGGGCAUCUAACACACCUCCUCCUGCUUCUCCAUUGUCUGGCCCCAGUCCCGCUCCAAUCUCUUCUCCAACACAGACUCCCACUCAGACAACCCGUGCUCGCACUUCUACCCCUGCCCAAACUCCUACACAAACUCGGUCCCCUGUUACUCCGACCCAGAGCCUAACCCAUACCCCUUCUCCCUCUCCCAUACCAGUUACAGCUCCUCCCUCCCUGAGUAAAUCCCAGAGUCCAACCCUUCUCCAGCCCUCUGGCUCGAGCCAGAUCCAAAAACUGAACCCAACUCAGACUGCAUCUCCUUCCCCUACACCGGCUAACACUAGUUCUACCAAUAAAAUAAAGUUUACAGUUCAUCCCGUAAAACAAACCCCUCCUGUCCUUACUCAAGCCCCCACAUCUGGCUCUGGCUCCGUUAGCCCCUCGUCUGUUUCUACCGCCUCCUCCCCGGCUGCCAUCUCCUCCAGUUUACAAUCUGGCUCUGCUCGCCCCCAGAAACCAACGCCAACCGGAACAUCUGCCCUUGCCUUUCCCCCAAAACUCAAUACACCCUCCACCCCAGCUCAGACCUCGCAGGCAUCCACUAAUACACCCACCCAGUCCGCACAUCAAAGCUAAAGAUGGGGGAAAAAGGCCCUCGGCUGUCGCUGACUAAAAAAGACUCAGAGAGACAAAGACACAAACUGCCCUUCAGCACGUAAGACCUCCUCAUAGGAUGUUGUGGCCGCUGCUGACUAGCAGAGCCCUGGAUUUACAGAGUUGGCGUCAGAUAUCUAAUGAUAUUGUGUUGACAGGUACAUCUUGUUUGCAUUCACCCUAGGGUGUGAUUGUCUUAGCGCAUCAGGUGUUUGAUGUGACUCUCAACCAAGCCGUCGCUCGAGGAGACUUUUGUAGGUGUCCUGAGUGGUUGGCGCGGGCAGGCAAGGUAGAGUCUGAAAAAACAUCCAAAUGUAUACAUACAUAUCUCUGUUAGUGAUUGUUGGAGCAAGCGGGGGAGCUGAAGUGGAAACAGUAUGCACAGUAAAUGGGAUGUAAGCAAUAGCUGAGAAAAAAAGUCUCCAUUUUCUAUACAUGCAUGCAUGUAUUGCAAUACACGUGAAACAUUUGAGACUCUCAUAAUGUGACAGGAAAUAACAUUGGCGUUAUUAGUGAAUUUGAGAAAAGAACAUUUUGCUGUUGGAUGAUUUCAAACGCGGGCAAUAAAGCAGACACCUCCGGUUUUCCAGCUCCAACUCCCUCUUGACUCCCAUUCUGCACCAAAGUGUAAUAUUUUCUCAUCAGAUUAUUAAUAAUAACAAGAAUAUCAAAUCACUGUAAGGUCAAUGCUCAUAUAAAUUUGAAUAAUUAAGAGCAGUUCACUGGUAGUUUUGUGGUCUGAGGUGUGUGGUGUUUAGUUUUUUUAACAAGACAAAACUUUUAAACCUUCCUGUUUUUUCGUGUGUGGAAGUCAAUCUACUGCUCCGCUGUGCACCGAGGCUCCUCCGGCGCCCUGAACUGUAAAUACGUACCUCUCUGUCGCUCUGCUGUAAGCUUCCUCACUCCUCAGCCCCUCCGUCUUUCAUCUGAUUUCCUCGGCCCUCGUCGCUCACUGCCUCUUUGUCGCUCACUGCCUCUUUGUCGCUCACAGACUCGCUCACUGUCUCUCCGUUUGCUGGCAUCUCGCUCUUUACGGACCGUCAGCCUUGUGUUCAUUUUGCUCUGCGACACUGUUUCAGCACCAUUUCCAGCGAUGUUUGAUGUUUUGUGUGGGUAGCAACCAGACAGUCUUUAACCCUAAUACCAUGUUGCCUAGACUAUGAAUUAAGGACCAAAUGUUUUACUUUUUAUUUACCACAGCUCCAGCUUUUGAACCGAAAAAAAAAUGACCAACAAUGGUGUCACAAUAGUGAGGGUGGUGUUUAAGAAGAUGAUGAUACUCUUGACAACCAUGAUGUAACGAUAAAGAUGUAUAUCUGGAUAUAACAAUAAAGCGGAUUUAGAUAUCAUUUUGUUGAGUGUGUUGAGGCGUGAGCUCUUUGUUUGCUUGUGUGUCUGCCCCAUGUACAUACAUGUAUACAAUCUAU